AUGAACUGGUUCGUUUUCUUCCUUUUUAUGAUGAUCGCCGCAAAUGGCUUUGGCGUAAAUGGCGCUCUUCUAGCAUGCGUUUCUACAAUCGAAAAACGCUUUGGAUUCAACUCGAAGCAGUCCGGUUUGAUCAUCGCCGCGUAUGAUAUCGGUUAUCUUGUCUUUGCGUUUCCUUUCGGUUGGUUGUCGAAAAAGAUCUCUCUUGGCGGCUCUUUGGGGCCAGCUGGAGUAGCAAUUGCGCUGGGUGGUGCGCUAUAUUUUAUUCCUCAUUUCGGGACUCCAAAUGCUCCGAUUUUGGGGGAGGAGGAUUCAGAACCCAACGUUUGCUCCCUUUCUAGAGAAAAUCAUGUUUUUGAAGCGAUUGAUCAAUCUGGGUGGCUAGCCUGUUUUAUCAUCGCUGGAAUUUUAACUGGAAUGGGUAACAGUGUUCUUUGGACAAGAGGAGUAACAGCGGCAGAGGACCAAACAAACGAGCAAAAAGGAGGAGUAAACAUAUCAAUCUGCAACGGCGGCUCUGUUGCAGGACCUUUGCUCGGAAUAUUCAUCAGCGUUUUCGUCCUCGGCAUUUGGACGGAUAUCUCUUAUCACGAAUCUGUCGAUCUUGACCCAAGCGAUCCGAACUGGAUCGGAGCCUGGUGGUUGCCAUUUUUGAUUCAGUUUCUUUUCGCUUUUCUGACUUUUCCGUUUCUCUUUGGUUAUCCGAAAGUGCUACCAGAAGCGCCAGAGAGGAAGAGGAGUGAGAAGACGGAUUUCUGGAGCGAAUUCAAAGCGACUAAAGUUGUCUUGAAAAAUGCUUGUUGGUGGUUUUGCUCGUUUGGUGCAAUUUGUGAUACUUUCACAACGGCUGCUCUGAUGGGCUACGGAAUGAAAUUUCUCCAAGAAACAUAUUCCAUUUCCGCUUCUGUCGCUGGACUUUGCGGUGGCUUGUGCGCUGUUGGAGGUCUUAUUGGCUGUCUGAUUCCGAUUCCUUUUGGAACUUUCAAAUUGCAAAGCUACAAGUUGCUCUUUAUCUGCUUUUUGACCUCUGUCGCCACAUUGGUUGUUUAUUUGCCGAGUUUGUACCGAUUUCCUUGCGACAAUCAGGAAAUUUACGGUGUUUUCGAUUCAAGUGGAAAUCCAAUCGGCUCUGAAGAGGCUGAUUUAUCCUCUUGCCUUUCGGGAUGUUCCUGUAAAAAUGAAAUUUUCGAACCAGUUUGUAACGAGGAAUCGGCCGUAACUUACUUUUCUCCUUGCCAUGCUGGUUGUCUCGAUUCAAAUUUGACCGAUUGCCAAUGCAACGAUUAUCAAGUCUCGAAAUCUCUUACCGAUGGUUUUUGUGAAAACGCGAUUGAAUGUGAUUCGCUUUUGAAAAUUUCACUUUGCUUCGUUUUCGUUUUUGCGUUUUUAUAUGUUCCAUUGCCGCUCGUUCCGACAGCUUAUUUGCGUCAAUUCAACUCCGACGAAAAACCAGCAGCAACGAGCUUGAACCUCAUCCUCACCCGCUUGCUCGGAAGCAUCCCCGCUCCAAUCAUCGUUGGCGCUGUCAUCGACGAAGCCUGCGUUGUUUGGAGCGAAACAAAAGAUGGCUCUGAUGGAAAUUGCUUGAUUUAUGAUAACAGGCAGCUUGUUCAUGCAUUUUCUGUCCUCCCACUGACGAUGAAAGCCACUGCUGGACUGUGCUAUCUCAUCGCUUCGUAUUUUGCGAGAAAGAAUGAUCUUAUGAAAAUUGAGAAUUAA